AUCCGCAAAUAGCAAGUGUCCAUCGAUUGCUUAUCACAGACAGUAAGCGCAAAUCUGGUUGGGAUGACCGUGGGUCGAAUAUUUGCGUUGCUGUAUUUGCUUUUCAGCGCUAGCCUCGUACUGAAAUUUGCGGAGGCGUGGACUUCGUUUCCUUCCUCUCUUUACGGAACACACGUGCGAUGCAAUACCGCUCUUUUCGUGUCCAAAGAAGAUUCGCAACGCUUCAAGGAAGAGGCGGAGCGAUUACGAAAGGAAGUCUCUUUGUUUGAGAAAGAGAAAAACGCCAUCGCGGCUGAACAGCGACGGAAAAUUGAAGAGGAGCAAGAAGCUCAACAAGUUUUGCGAGAACGCUAUUCUGCUGUGGUUCCCAUUCUCAAACCUAACGGCGAAACUGUCGAAGAACGCGUUAGCUUUCCACCGAUCUACAACGACGGAUCGUUCAUUGCAACGUGUGAGGCCUCUUUGCCCCUGGGACUCAUUCUAGGGGAGAGCGAAUUAUUUGCGGCCACUACAGUGGUCGACGAACUUGCUCCGGGAAGCAAUGCUGAAGCGGCGGGUGUACAAAUUGGUGAUAUUGUCCGCGCUUUUACGGCCUGCAGAUUGGAAAUGACCAUGCCCACCUGGCAAGUGUUAGCUGGAGGAAUUGGUGUUCCCAAGACGAAACGAUUCAUGUAUUCGGCCGAUGGCCGUCCGUUCGAAGAAGUUAUGGAAGCCGUGGCUUCCAAUCGGCAGGAUCCAGCGGAGAGACCAAUGUUGCUCGUUUUGGAACGCCGAAAAAUCUCGUAGACCAAAAACACACUUUCGACUCUGGAUCGCCUUUGGACUGACUGUG